AUGCUGAAGAAUUUUAUAUUGCCCAGAAAGGACGGGCACGGGUCUAAAGGUAGGAUAACCUCUGCUGACAUAUCUACACCGACAAAAUCACCAGAUGGAGCCAACAUCGUGAAGCACAUGAAAACUGUGCCGAUACGCAAUGCCUCUGAGCCAGCUAUGGGUGCGUCCGCACGCAAGGUCUCGCCCUCUAAGAGCAGGAGCAGCUCUCGAUUGUCGCAUUCGAAGGAUUUAAAUUCACCAGAGAAGGUUAUUAAGGCACUACAGAAAUACAGGGCGACUUCUGCAAAGGAGAUGUCUUUUGACGAGGGAGAGUUUUUCUACGUGGCAUAUGAAAACGAUAAGUGGUUUGAGGCUUCGAAUCCGUCUACUGGGAAACGAGGGCUUGUUCCGAGAAGUCAUUUCGAGGUGUUUGAUAAAACAAGACACUCACUGAAUAGCAGCACACCCAUCGUCCCGUACGGGGGACACCCCUUGAGCUCGGAUAGAAGACCCUUGUCGAGCAGGUCGACAGACAUGGAGGGCAACAAAAUGGGGUCGCUUUACGCAAUUGUCUUGUACGAUUUCAAAGCAGAAAAAUCCGAUGAAUUGACUUCUUAUGUUGGUGAGAACUUGUUUAUUUGUGCGCAUCAUAAUUUUGAAUGGUUUAUCGCAAAACCGAUUGGACGACUAGGAGGUCCCGGUUUGGUGCCCGUUGGGUUCGUCAGCAUUAUUGACAUCGGGACUGGCUAUGCGACGGGAAACGAUGUGAUGGAAGACAUCAAGUCUGUCAACUUACCAACCAUCCAGGAAUGGAAGGCGAACGUCGCCAAGUACAAAGCCAGUAACAUAGCUCUAGGCCAAAUAGGAUACGAACAUGAUUACUACAACGAACCUUCCCUUAAUGAAAACGACGAGGACGAGGAAUUGAGAAGACGAGAACAACAGACAGAACUUCGCACGUCUACGAAACCGUUCCAAGUAAAGAACCCGUCUGAACGGGGGGAUAGAGUCAUCGAUGCGUCAGUCGACUUCUUCGACCUGGAGGACGAAAAAUAUUGGUUUGCAGUCACAUGUGAGCUGUCUUCCGGGAAAACUAGGAAACUGAAACGUUAUUACCAAGAUUUUUACGAUUUGCAAGUUCAACUGUUGGACAACUUCCCUUCGGAAUCAGGUAAACUGAGAGAUAAGACAGGACAGUGGACGAAGCGUAUCAUCCCGUUUAUUCCAGGACCGGUACCGUACGUGACAGACACCAUUACUAAAAAGAGGAAAGAAGACCUGAAUGUUUACAUCAAAGAGUUGAUCAGAUUGCCUCCCUACAUAGCCGGGUUUGUGACCGUUCGGAAAUUAUUCAUGCUGAGAAAAAAUGGGUAUGAUCACGAAGAGGCCGCGACUGAAAAGGUGCCCGAGAAGAUAGAUACCAGAAUGUCUAAAGAUGGUACAACUGCUGUAAUUGGAGAUUUCCGAAAGGGAAGUGGCGUUGAUGGCGGUAGCGUACAAGACGGUUCCAAUGCAGACAAUACUUUGACGAAGGAGGAUCUGGGCAACUUAUACGAUAAGACUUCCAAACUUUCGAUAUCCCCCCCUCUAACGGACAGAUCAAGACAACCAAGUGCACCAUUAGCAACCUCCAAACCUACGAAAAUCAAAUUCUACUACAACAAUGAUAUCUUUGCUCUAAUGUUGAACAACGACGUUACUUUUAACGAGCUUCGUGAUAAGAUUGCACCCAGAGUCGAUGGGAUCAAAUUCAAGUUACAUGUGAAAUUAGCAGAAGGAGAUGCAGAAGAGAUAACUACCGAUGCCCAAGUGUCUCAAAUAAUACAGGCUAAGCUGAAAAUAUCCGUGCACGACGUGGAAUAG